UCAAACGCCAGGGUUCGGGUCCGCAAGCGACCGUCCGGGCGCCUGCCUCCCAGACGCUGUUGCUCCGCGGCCCGCCCCCGGAGCGCUAGGACGGGUGCCCCGGCCGGGGUCUAUCGGGAAGAUGGCGACCCCGGGCAUGAGCUGGCAGCAGCACCAUUACGGCGGCUCGGCGGCCGGGGCGGCCAAAUUCGCGCCCUCUCCGGCCGCCGCGCAGCAGGCGGGGCACAGCAUGGACUAUAACCAGGACCUACACCUGAAAAUGAGCAAGAAAAUCGCCCAGCUCACCAAGGUAAUAUAUGCUUUGAAUACUAAAAAUGAUGAGCAUGAAUCUGCAAUUCAGGCCCUGAAAGAUGCUCAUGAAGAAGAAAUCCAACAGAUUCUUGCAGAAACAAGAGAAAAAAUAUUGCAGUAUAAAAGCAAAGUAACAGAGGAGGUAGACCUGAGGAGGAAGAUUCAGGUUUUAGAAGCAUCAUUAGAAGACCACAUAAAAAUGAAGCAGCAGGCUUUGACAGAAUUUGAAGCGUAUAAGCACAGAGUCGAAGACAUGCAACUUUGUGCAGAAGCCCAGCAUGUCCAACGCAUAGUAACCAUGUCUAGAGAAGUUGAAGAGAUCAGAAGGAAAUUUGAGGAAAGAUUACGGAGUUUUGGGCAACUCCAAGUACAGUUUGAAAAAGACAAACGGUUGGCAUUGGAAGAUUUGCGAACCGCUCAUCGACGGGAGAUCCAAGAGCUGCUGAAGUCACAGCAAGAUCACAGUGCCUCAGUGAGUAAAGGACAGGAGAAGGCAGAAGAACUGCACAGGGUGGAGGUGGAGACUUUAAACAAAACACUGGAAGAGCUAAGACUUGAACGGAAAAAGCUAAUUGAGGAUUAUGAAGGCAAGUUGAAUAAAGCUCAGUCCUUUUAUGAGCAUGAGCUUGAUACUUUGAAAAGGUCACAGCUUUUUACAGCAGAAAGCCUCCAGGCUAGCAAAGAAAAGGAAGCUGAUCUUAGGAAAGAAUUUCAGGGACAAGAAGCAAUUUUAAGAAAAACCAUAGGAAAAUUAAAGACAGAGUUACAGAUGGUACAGGAUGAAGCUGGAAGUCUUCGGGACAAAUGCCAAAAGCUUCAGAUAGCACUUGUUACAGCUGAGAACAAUGUUCAGGUUCUUCAAAAACAGCUUGAUGAUGCCAAGGAGGGAGAGAUGGACUUACUAAGCAAGCACAAGGAAGUGGAAAGUGAGCUAGCAGCAGCCAGAGAAUGUUUACAACAACAAGCUUCAGACCUUGUCCUCAAAGCUAGUCAUAUUGGAAUGCUUCAAGCGACUCAAAUGACCCAGGAGGUUACAAUUAAAGAUCUAGAAUCAGAAAAAUCAAGGGCCAAUGAGAGAUUGUCUCAGCUUGAAGAAGAGCGAGCUUUUUUGCAAAGCAAAACUCAGAGUCUGGAUGAAGAACAGAAGCAGCAGAUUUUGGAACUGGAGAAGAGAGUAAAUGAAGCAAAGAAAACUCAGCAAGAAUAUUAUGAGAUGGAGCUAAAAAACCUGCAAAAUAGAUUGGAAGGGGAGGUGGCCCAAUUAAAUGAGGCUCAUUCUAAGACUUUGGAAGAAUUAGCUUGGAAGCACCACAUGGCAAUUGAGGCUGUCCACAGUAAUGCAAUUAGAGAUAAGAAAAAACUUCAAGUGGAAUUGGAGGAACAAUAUAAAAAGGAGAAACUAAACCUGGAAGAGGAUAAAAAUCAACUUCAACGAAUGCUGGAAAACCUGAAGGAGGAGCUGGAAGACAAGCUGAAUACAGCCAAUCAAGAGAUUGGCCGCCUCCAAGAUCUGGUAAGGAAAAGCGAACAAGGUCUUGGCUCUGCAGAAGGACUCAUUGCUAGUCUCCAGGACUCCCAGGAAAGGCUUCAAAAUGAGCUCGAUUUGACUAAAGGCAGGCUGAAGGAGACCAAGGAUGCUUUAUUAAAUGUUGAGGGUGAGCUAGAACAAGAAAGACAACAGCAUGAAGAAAUACUUGCUGUCAUGAAAGAGGAAGAGAAGCUCAGAGUGGACAGAAUGGCCCAUGACUUAGAAAUAAAAUGGACUGAAAACCUUAGACAAGAGUGUUCUAAACUUCGUGAAGAGUUAAGACUUCAACAUGAAGAGGAUAAGAAGUCAGCAAUGUCUCAACUUUUGCAAUUAAAAGAGAGAGAGAAAAAUGCAGCCAGGGAUUCAUGGCAGAAGAAAGUAGAAGAUCUCUUAAACCAGCGGCACUCUCUGGGUGAAGCUUUGCAUAAAUCUAUCAACAAUAUUUCCUUGCUGAAACAGAACCUGGAGAUGCAGCUUUCCCAGUCUCAGACUUCUUUGCAGCAGCUGCAAGCCCAGUUCACACAAGAACGACAACGACUUACACAAGAGCUUGAAGAAUUAGAGGAACAACAUCAACAGAGACAUAAAUCUUUAAAAGAAGCACAUGUCCUUGCAUUUCAAACUAUGGAAGAAGAAAAGGAAAAGGAACAAAGAGCUCUUGAAAAUCAUUUACAACAAAAACAUUCUGCAGAGCUUCAGUCAUUAAAAGAUGCACACAGAGAGUCAAUGGAGGGCUUCCGGAUAGAAAUGGAACAGGAACUUCAGACUCUUCGGUUUGAAUUAGAAGAUGAAGGAAAGGCUAUGCUUGCUUCCUUACGAUCAGAACUAAACCAUCAACAUGCAGCUGCAAUUGAUUUGUUGCGGCACAGUCAUCAUCAAGAAUUGGCAGCUGCUAAAAUGGAAUUAGAGCGAAGCAUAGACAUCAGCAGAAGACAGAGUAAGGAACAUAUGUGUAGAAUAACAGAUCUACAAGAGGAGUUAAGGCACAGAGAGCAUCACAUCUCAGACUUGGAUAAGGAAGUACAGCACCUUCAUGAAAAUAUAAGUGCCCUAACUAAAGAAUUGGAAUUUAAGGGGAAAGAAAUUCUCAGAAUACGAAGCGAAUCUAACCAGCAGAUGAGGUUGCAUGAACAAGAUUUAAACAAGAGACUUGAAAAAGAGCUGGAUGUCAUGACAGCAGACCACCUCAGAGAGAAAAAUAUCAUGCGGGCAGAUUUUAAUAAGACUAACGAGCUACUCAAGGAAAUAAAUGCAGCUUUACAAGUGUCACUAGAAGAAAUGGAAGAAAAAUAUCUAAUGAGAGAAUCAAAACCAGAAGAUAUACAGAUGAUUACAGAAUUAAAAGCCAUGCUUACAGAAAGAGACCAAGUCAUAAAGAAACUAAUUGAGGAUAAUAAAUUUUAUCAGCUGGAAUUAGUCAAUCGAGAAACUAACUUCAACAAAAUGUUUAACUCAAGCCCCUCUGUUGGUGUUAUUAAUCCAUUGACUAAGCAAAAGAAGAAGAAUGAUAAACCACCAACAAACAGGUUUGUGAGUGUUCCCAAUCUAAGUGCUCUGGAAUCUGGUGGAGUGGGCAAUGGACAUCCUAACCGCCUGGCUCCCAUUCCUAAUUCUCCAGUCCACGAUACUGAGUUCAACAGCAGCAAACCACUUCCACAGCCAGUGCCACCUAAAGAGCCCAAGACAUUUUUGAGUCCUCCUCAGAGUGAAGCUUCCCCGGUGGCUUCUCCCGAUCCCCAGCGCCAGGAGUGGUUUGCCCGGUACUUCACGUUCUGAAAAAGUUGUAUUGGCAACAGCUCUGUGUGGACUGUUCCUAAGAGCAUGACCUUAUACAGACCAUUAUGUGAACAGGCUUUCCUAUGUCAAACACUGUGAAUGAAAAAGUAUUUGUCUCUCCAAUUUUAAAAUACACUAUUUCCUGUGAUAUUUAUUAGAAUCACUCUAUUAUGUGUGUAAUUAUAACAGUUAUUUUUGAGAUGGAAGAGUCUUUAACCUUUGUAAUUAAUGCAUAAUAAAUUUUGUUAGAACAAAA